CUUCGAAGUUCCAACACAGAACCUCCGUCUUUCUCUCUCUAUCCUUCUCGUGUUUCAAGUUUAGCCUUUCCUCUUCAAGCAGCAGCCAUGGAUCAGCGGAUUUCUUCUCUUUUUCUUUCUCAAGUGCUUGUUCUUGCCCUAGUGUUCCGUUUCGCCUGCGCGCUAACUCCCGAUGGGAUGGUGUUGUUAGAGCUCAAGGAGGGGUUCAACGGCACCAACUGGAUGCUUAGAAGCUGGAGGGCGAAGGACCCAAAUCCCUGCGGUUGGGCCGGAGUCACUUGCCAUUUCCCUGACCUUCGAGUUAGAUCAAUAAAUCUUCCAUACAUGCAGCUUGGUGGCAUUAUUUCUCCGAGCAUAGGCAAGCUCACGAGGCUGCAUAGACUGGCUUUGCAUCAGAACAGCCUCCAUGGACCGAUUCCAGUAGAGAUUAAGAACUGCACCGAGCUGAGAGCUUUGUACUUGAGAGCCAAUUACCUACAAGGAAGCAUACCCCCUGAGAUCGGAGAUCUUAAACAUCUCACUAUUCUGGAUUUGUCUAGCAAUCUUCUAGGGGGAACUAUACCUCCUUCCAUUGGCCAGCUUACGCAGCUUCAUUUCCUGAACUUGUCCACCAACUUCUUUUCGGGUGAAAUUCCAAAUGUUGGUGUUUUGGGCAAAUUUAGAAACAGCUCGUUUGUUGGGAAUCUGGAGCUAUGUGGGCUCCCUGUUCAGAAGCUAUGCCGAGGUACAUUGGGCUUUCCUGCAGUGCUUCCACGCUCUGGGAACUUUCCUGCAGAAUCAUCAUCUGUAAUUCCACCGACGACACCCGGAGGAAGACCAUCAUCCCACUUUCUUAAUGGUGUCAUACUCGGUGCAAUGUCUACCAUAGGCCUUGCAAUUAUUCUUGUUCUUGGUUUCCUUUGGAUAUGUUUAUUGUCUCGAAAGUGGAAAUUUGGGCAAAGAUAUGUGAAAGUGGAUAAAGAGGUUCAGAUUGUUGGCACUAAGCUUGUUACAUUUCAUGGAGAGUUCCCAUAUUCAUCUGGGGAGAUGAUUAAAAAGUUAGAACUACUUGAUGAAGAAGAUCUGGUUGGGUCAGGCGGAUUCGGAACGGUGUACAAGGUUGUCAUGGAUGAUUUGUGUGCAUUUGCUAUUAAGAGGAUUGAUCGAAACUUUGAAGGAUUAGAUGAACUUUUGGAUAGGGAACUCCCUAUUUUGGGCAGCAUCAAACAUAUUAACCUUGUCAAUAUAAGAGGUUACUGUAGGCUUCCCUCAGCCAAGCUUCUCAUACAUGAUUUUAUGAACUUGGGAAGCUUAGAUCAUUAUCUCCAUGAAGGGCAGGAAGAGCAGCCUCUGAACUGGAAUGCUCGGAUGAAAAUAGCUCUUGGGUCUGCUAGAGGACUUGCAUAUCUGCACCAUGAUUGUUAUCCGGCUAUAAUCCACCGCGACUUCAAAUCUAGCAAUGUACUUCUUGAUGAAAGUCUUGAGCCUCAUAUUUCUGAUUUUGGACUUGCCAAGCUUCUUGUUGAUGAUGAUGCCAAUGUCACCACAGUAGUGGCUGGUACCUUUGGCUACUUGGCACCUGAAUACCUUCAAACCGGCCGAGCGACCGAGAAAUCAGAUGUAUACAGCUUUGGCGUGCUCUUGCUCGAGUUGGUGACAGGGAAGAGACCAACUGAUCCAUCAUUUGUUAGAAGAGGCUUAAAUAUAGUAGGCUGGAUGAACACUCUAACAGAAGAAAAUAAUAAGUUAGAGGAUAUAUUGGAUUUAAACUGUGGGACUGUGGAAGUUGACGCAAUGGAAGCAAUCCUUGACAUUGCAGCUAUGUGCACAAACGCAAAUCCUGAUGAGAGACCCACCAUGUUCAGAGUGCUUCAGAUGUUGGAAGAGGAGCUCAUGUCUCCUUGCCUUAGUCAUUUCUAUGAACCUCAUUUGAACAUAUAAUGGGCAAAAUUUUGGUAUUUAGAUAUUGUAAAUAUGCUCUACUUGUUGUUAACUUGUUUCAGCAUUUUUGCCAUUUGUUUCAUUAUAUUCCCAUUUGGAAACUGGGUUUUUCAAAUUUAA